CGUAUACUGUUGGUCAUAUGUUGGGUCUGAUAAAAGUACCAUUUUGAUUGAUACCUGGUUGAAGAAAAGCUGAGGUUUAUCUUGGGGAUUUCGGGACAGAAACUUUUUGUUUCGAAUUUGAAAAGAUCGAAACAAGAAACGGCAACAUUGUGUUGUGUUACCAAGCAACAGAUCAAAUAUCUGUAUAGCUUAGUUUGCCGGCAUCAACAGGUGUCUAGAGAAGAAGAGUGCGGUGUGUUAGUCGCGGUCCGUGAAGUGGUUGAUGUCAAUAUUUGUAUCGAUCUUUUAUUUUGUGAUAUCGCACGUAGAGUAGAGUAGUUUAAACAAAAUUAUAAUGGAAUUUGCAAACAAGGCGGUGAUAGUCAAAAAGUAUGGAGGAUACGACGUGCUCUCGGUUGAUAAAUUCCCUCUGCCCGUUUUGGAAAAGUACGUCGAAGUAAAAGUUAAUUUUUGCGGCAUGAAUUUUGCCGAUUUGUACACCAGACAGGGGUUGAUAACGAACAAGAAAACGCCUUUCGUGCUGGGGAUGGAAUGCGCUGGAGUUGUUUCCGCUGUUGUUGGAGACGACAUUGGCAUACAGGUCAAUCAACGGGUUAUUUGCUACGAUUAUAAUGGUGGCAUGUACCAGGACGUAGUUAGGGUAUCCCCCGAACAUUGUUUUCUGCUUCCCGAUCACGUAACCUUGGAACAAGGAGCCGCCAUCUUUGUUAACUAUUUAACCGCUUAUUUUUCAAUUUUCGAAUUAGGUAAUCUUAAGGCUAACGAAAAAAUUUUAAUCCAGUCUUGUGCAGGUGGUGUUGGCUGGGCUGCAACACAAUUAGCUAAGACAGUUGAAGGUGUUGAAAUUAUUGGGACCACCUCUCAGGAAAAGUUCGAUGCAGUUAAAGAAAAUGGGGUAAAAGACGUCUUUGUUUACGAAAAUUUAGAAAAAGAUUUGAAAGAAGCCUGCCCUGACGGCGUGGACUUGAUCAUUGAUAAUCAAGCCGGAAAAACAUUCUUAACUUUACAAGAACAUCUUCGGCCAUUGGGAAGAAUUAUCUUAAUAGGUGCGAAUCAUUUAAUUAAGAAUGAACAGAAAUUAUCAACGUUGUCUAUGCUGAAAGCUUGGUGGAACAUGAAAUCCGUUUCUCCUGAAAUUUUGGUCAGAAACAAUAGGGUCAUUGCCGGUUUACAUUUGGGUACUUUAAUUGAAAAAGACAGAAAAAGGGUUACGGAAGCUCUGCACGCAAUAUUCAGUUUACUAAAAGAAGGAAAAAUACAGCCAAAAAUAGACUCUGUUUGGAAGAUUGAUCAAAUCGUGGAUGCCACCAAGGUUUUGGCACAAAGACAAAAUGUUGGCAAAGUUUUAUUAACGCUUGAAGAAGAUAAAAAAGCUGAAGAAGAAGCAGAAGAACCGAAAAAAGAGGAAAAAGAAGAGGAGAAAGCUGAAGAAAAGAAAGAGGAGUGAAUGUUUGAUUCCUAAAUAUCAUUAAAUAAUAUCAUUUAAGGUGUUUAUAUUGUUUGUCUAUCGUGUAUCUAUGUAAGCAUUUUGUGUACUCUAAGCUGUGUUAUUUAUUUUACUAUCAUGCUUGUUAAUGUUGUGAUACGAAGCUUCCUCUAAAAUUUAAUUAUACACAAUACCAAUUCA